AUGGCCCCGGACAGCGCCCUUCCACACCAGCCGAAUGAAGUGCUGAUCGAUGGUGUCCUUUAUGAUUGCCUCAACUUCCGGCAUCCGGGCGGCAGCAUUCUGAAAUACUACCUCGGCAGCGGUGAUGCUACCGAGACGUACCGGCAGUUCCACAUGAAGCUGCCCAGGGCUGACAAGUACCUAAAGCUGCUGCCGCACCGCCCAGCGCCGCCGCAGCACAACGUUAACGUGGAGGAGCAGAAGCGACUGGCAAAACUCUCGCGGGACUUCAAAGAACUGCAGGAUGCCUGUGUGGAGGAGGGCCUUUUCGACCCCAGCUGGCCGCACAUUUUCUACCGCUUCUCUGAGCUAAUAUUGAUGCACGUUGUUGGCUUUUACAUACUCUUCCGUCUUUCACUGCUGUGGCCCAUCGCGCUGGUCAUCCUUGGGGUGGCGGAGGGACGCUGUGGCUGGUGGAUGCAUGAGGCGGGCCACUACAGCGUCACCGGCAUCCCGUGGCUCGACAUCAAGAUCCAGGAAGUACUCUACGGUCUUGGAGACGGAAUGAGUGCGUCGUGGUGGCGGUCGCAACAUAAUAAGCAUCACGCUACGCCGCAGAAGCACCACCACGACGUCGACCUCGAGACGCUGCCGCUCGUCGCGUUCAACACGAUCAUCGCGCGCCGCGGCCGAAGGAGUGUGAACAUUCGCCGCUGGAUUUCACUGCAGAGGUACCUCUUCGCUCCGGUCACUUGCUCGCUUGUGGCCCUCUACUGGCAGCUCUUCCUCCACGUUCGCCACGCCAUGCGCACACGACGCUACACGGAGGGCGCCGCUAUCCUGUGCCGCUGGAUCGCAGUGGGCGUUAUCUGCCACAAGCUGCAGGUCUCGUUCUGGCAAGGCCUCGGCGGUGUUCUCUUCUCCCAGGCCUUCGGUGCCGCCUACAUCUUCAUCAGCUUUGCCCUCAACCACACCCACCUGCCAAUGCUUCCAGAGGAUCAACACGCGCACUUCGUGGAGUACGCAGCCGUCUACACCAUGAACGUGACGCCAUCGUGGCUCGUGACGUGGUUCAUGGGCUACCUCAACUACCAGGUGGAGCACCACUUGUUCCCCAGCAUGCCGCAAUUCCGCUUUGUCCAGCUGGCACCGAGAGUGCGGAGGCUUUUCGAGGAGAACGGCCUGACGUAUGACUCGCGUCCCUAUGCGAAGUCGCUCCAGACAACCUUCAAAAACCUCAGCGACGUGGCCGAGUUCAUCGUCGCCGGGAAGUAA